GUGAACGCAAACUUGUGUAUUUUGUGAAAAAAAAAACAUUAUGGAUUGUUGUUUAUUUUGAUUUUGAUGAUUUUACUUUGAUAUAACGAGGAUUUAGACUAUAUCUCUGAGAAAAGAAAAUAAACAAUUAAAUAAUUAAAAUGGCAUGCAUUAGGUCGCUUUUUAUUUUAUGUUUGGUUGUUAUCUGCCGCAACUGUGAAGCUGCGGAAAAUGACAACACAAUCACAACACCGGAGUACAUCUUACCGUGCAGCCAAAGCGAUCCUCAGCUGGACACGUGCAUCAAGUCCUCGUUUAACCACCUUCGGCCGUACCUGGCGCGCGGUCUACCAGACAUCGGGGUGCCGCCGGUGGAACCGCUGCUCAUCGAACGCCUCGUCAUGGAGAACUCGGCCGGACCAGUCAGGGUCACUGCUGCCUUCAGCAACAUCACCGUGAUCGGGCCCAGCAAUUAUACAGUCACGAAAGUCAGGUCGGAUCUGAAAAAGUUGCGCAUUGACAUGGGGCUGGUGCUGCCUCGUAUAGAAAUCACCGGCCAUUACGAAGUCUCCGGACAAGUGCUUCUGUUCCCCGUCAGAUCCCAGGGUGACUUCUGGGCAGCGUUCAACGACGUGGCGGCCAUCGCAAAAAUCUUUGGCAAGGAGAUCGAGCGCGACGGUGUGCGCUACAUGAUGGCGGACCGGCUGCUGGUGGAUUUCAAGCUGCGUGGCUCACGAUUCCGGGUGCGCGACACCGUCAACCACGGCAGUAUCAUUGGUGAAGCAAUGAACCAGUUCCUGAACAACAACGCGGCGGAGAUCAUCGACGAGAUGCGACCGGCCGCCUCCGUUGCCAUCGCCAAGCACUUCCAGGCCUUCCUCAAUGCUGCCUUCACCAAUGUUCCAUUGGAUGUUUGGCUUAAACCUUAGAAUUAUUCUUUAGCAUCAUCACUAAUGUUCCCAUGGACGGCUGGCUCAAACGUUGGAAUUAUUCUUUUAUAUGUUCACCAACGUUCUCAUAGACGAUUGGCUCAAACCUUAGAAUUGGUCUUCAAAAUUUUUACCAAUGCUCCAAUGGACGAUUGGCUCGAACCUUAGAAUUGUUAUUCAACUUCUUCACCAACGUUCCAAUGGACAAUUGGCUUGAACCUUAAAAUUAUUUCAUCUCCAUCUUCAUUUUAUAAACCUUUAAACGUUGAAUUUCUGCCUUCUUCAUGUUCAUCUAAUUAUAACUAGCAAACCCAAAACACGAUUCAAAAUUCAAUUCACA